AUGAGAAUGUUAGAUACGGUAGCUUUAGCCAAUGUUAAUGAACCUUCUGACUGCGCUGCAUUUGAUUUAGUGUAUCACAGGAAUUGUCUUAGAGAACACGAACGAAAGUUGCAACAAUCCAUUUCAAACUGGGAUAUACAGUCCAAGUCCAACAUUGGCAAAUAUAUCGCUGACGUUGACAUCCUGAAUGCUGUCAAAUGUUCCCUUGCUUCAGGUUCUACUCUAACAAUGAAUGAAACUGAUGAAGAAUAUGUUUCCAUACUUACUGAAAAUGAGGUAGAUCCAGGUUCCAGCCAUCAUAAAAAGAAUCUGAAAAGUACUAUCCAUGAAAAAAUUGAAGAUGUUAAAUUUGUGAAGUCAAAUAGAUCCAAUGAAAGCGAUAAUGUAGUCAGCGAAAAGCUACUUGGAGUGGCGGUUAACAACCUCCGAGAGCAACAAAAUGAAGAAGAUGACAUCAAAUGCGUCGCAAAGACAGCUGCUAUAUUGAGAAAUGAGCUAAAAAGACAUACUCACUGGAAAUUUACAGGAUCCCAGUCCAUGAAGGAAUUUCAGUCUCCACCAAUGUUGACCUCCUUUCUACAAUGGCUUCUUCUUAGCUUGGCACAAAACUUAGAAAUGUGA